UUCCAGACACUAGAGAGCCACCGAGAACAAGAAGGUGGUUCCAGCUUUCAGUCCCGCGUGGAGAGAGCUGAGAGGGCUGAGUUGGCUGCAGCGCUCCGCCAUGCAGAGAGGCUGAGUGCGACCCAGAGAGCCUGCAGCAACGCUGCUCUGGAGAGGAUGGGACUCUCCAUCCAGCAGCACACCCCCCCCUCACCUCAGCCUCCAGCGUCUCCCAGAAGGAGUCCUAGAGGCUCCCUUCCAGGGAGGAGGACCCGGCCCAUGGCGGAGGAGGACAACCGGGGUCGGACGUCCACCACCAACCGGACGUCGUUAGAAGACGAGCCUUUCCUGGAGAAGAAGCUGCGUCUGGGCUCUCAGAUGGCGAUCGUGGCCUGUAAGAUCGCCAAGCUGAGGGACGCAACCAGGAGCCCGAGUCCAGACUCCCCCCUCAGCUCGGUGGACCUCCACACCCCCACUGAGCUGAGGGAAUAUCCUUUCCUCUCCUUCCCCCCUACUCCUCCUCCCAGAGACGCACCGUCCUGCAUCCCGGUGUUGAAGCGUGGUGGAGCAGACAAGAAGGCAGCAAAGAGAAAGCUCCAGCCAAGGAAUACAUCAGAGGACCUUGGGACGGUUGAGAUGAUCCGGCCCGACCAGCGUCCUUCACGGGUGAGGGUUAGUCACCAACCAGCACCCCCCAGUAGGACCCCGUCGGUGGCCCCCAAGGCUCCAGCACCUCCAUCAAAAGCUGCCCCGCCCAACCGAAAAGGACCUCGCCGUGGGACAAAGCUCCGCGUGAAGGCUGUCGCAGCAGAAGAAGACCUCCAGCCCUUCACCAAACCUGGAGAGAAACUGUCCCUGUCCCUCACACAGCUGUCCUCUGACGACUGGGAGAAGAAACUGGACGCUCUGAAGAUGGUUCGAGCUCUGGUGCAACACCACCCGGCGUUACUGCAGACCAAACUGCACGAAGUCUGGUUUUCUAUUCUCUACUAUCUAGUGAGGGGGUGCACGGCCCAGCACCUCCACCAGCUGGCAGACCUCAUGGGGGGGGACCAGGUCUUGGCAGCAGGGAAGAUCUUCGCUGAGCGGGUCCUCACUGCCGUCAGCAAGAUGGCGGUGGACGCUGCACCGGGAGUGAAAUACACUUGCGCUUGGCGUGGCCUGUGCUCGAUGGCCGUGAGCAAAGUCCACGUUCACCUGGGAGAGGGCCAUGGACCUGAGCCGAAGUGGAUGGGCCAGUCUGCUGCUGAAGUUGCCCAGACCACCAACGCCUCUUCUGGAUCAGGCUCACCUGGCCCUGGACGCCUGGUGGAGGCCUGCAGCCCGGGAGAAUCCUGCCGCUCUCCUAAAACACAGGGCUCAGCACCGUAG